CUUGGGCUUCCAGAGGGAGAAAACAGACAGCGGAGGCUCUGGGACGUUGGAGACAGACCCUGGGACUGACGGACGGUCAGACGCUCGCUAGGCCUGGCCAUGGGGCUCAGUGGUCGGUAUCGGCUGCUGAUGCCACUGUUGCUGCUGCUGGCCUGCCUCCAGCGGGGGACAGGCCUGGAGCGCAUCCGCUAUAUGCCCCAGCUUGCAAGCCCCACCCUGGCAGGGACGCUCACCCAGACUACCUUCACGCUGGAGCAGCCAAGGGGCCAGUUCAGUCACCUCGACAUCUCUGACUUGGACGCCAUCUGGCUGGUGGUGGCCCGCAGCAACGCCACCCAGAGCUUCACUGCCCCACAGAGGGCGGAGGAUAUCCCCGCCCCCGCCGACUUCACCCGGAGGGGCUACUACCUCACGCUGAUGGCCCGCCGAUCGCUCUACCCGGGCAACCAGCCCGGGAACCAGCUCCGGGUCCUCCGCGUCGGCAAUGAUACCGGCUGCCUCCCUGCCAGACGGGGCUGCAACGCCCCGCUGCCGGGCCCGGGCCCCUACCGAGUGAAGUUCCUGGUGAUGAGUGGCAGGGGGCCUGUGGCUGAGACGGAGUGGUCCAGCGAGACCCGCCUGCAGCAAGCUGUGGCACUGCAGGCUGCCCCAGGGCCGCAAAGUGUGGGCACCGUGGUCAUCACUGCCAUUUUGUCGGUCCUGGUGGCUGUCCUCCUCACUGCCCUCCUUGCUCUGCUUAUCUACACCUGCUAUGACACCUGCGGGAGCACUCCCAUUUCGGGCCCAGAGCAGCCGGUGUGCGUGAGAAGAUAUGAUACCCACCACAUGAUCAGCCCUCCAGCCAUGGGGGGCUCCUGAGGGGUCCUCCUGUGCCCCUCGGCCUCCUCCCUGGUCCAGGCUGCAGAUCCUGGGCUGGGGGCCUGCCCUGCCGCUUCUGGAGCCCCGUGAAGAGAAGGUUUCCAAGUGAGGGUGGGGGGAGGAUGUCCUUAGCCCGAAAUUGGGCCUGUCCUUGUCAGAAAUAAAUGUCCCCAGCAGCCCCCUGCAAACCUGUGUUGUUGUACACCUGAGCAGUCUCCCUGAACCCCAGCUUCCCAGGGGCGAGGGCAGGCACUCAGGAGGGUAUAGCACCAGGGGUGAGGCUCCAGGGUCCGAGGCCAGCUGAGCCAUCUGGGUCCAGGUGAGCCCCUCUUCUGGCCUCAGUCUCCCUCUCUGGAACUGGCCUCACUGGGCUGAGGUUACACUAGACCAGUGAAGUCAAUGCGUUCGUCCCAUCCUGCGUGUCUGGCACUGGCUGCCCCAUCCCCCAGCAUCCUCCCUGUGGCCCUCUCUCCAGCUGGCCCUCCCUGUGCCCCCGCUCUGGCUGGAGGGCUCAGGCCUCUAAGCUUCAUACCCAGCCCGAGGCUCACGCUGGGCGUGAGGUCAUGACUCCUAGAGAAGGCUGUGCUCAGCCCAGAACUGACUCUGGCUCCAAACUUCAUUCUGGGCUGUCCAGCAUUUGUGACUAUCAGCCCCACUGUGGGCCAGGCUCCGCAGAGUGGGUGAUGUCCCCUGCAGGGUCCUGCCCCAAGCUGCCCUGUGCUGUUGGGGGAGGAGAGGGACACCAGUGCCAGAGAUCCAGAUGAGGCUUCAGAGGUGGCUUUCUGGGCAGGUGUAGCCUUGGAGAAGGAGCAGCCCUGUGCCAGGUGACACAGGAAGGGUGCGCAGCACCCCUGACCCCACCCAAUUCUCCAAGUGUCUGGACACCAACUGGGCGUGCUAGGAUUUAAUUGAACUCUGACACUGUCUGGAGUACGUGCAGACCCCACAGGGCCCCACUGAGGACACGCACCAUUUCCUGUGACCGACACAGCCUGGCCACAAAGCCCAAGCCACCGUCCUUGGGAUCUGCCUGGUGCCAAGCUCAGAGCCCAAGUUUGAGGGUGUGUGGGAUUUUUCCCCCUCCUGAGCUCCCAUGGAGCCUCAGCCUGGGAGCCCAGGACAGGCUGGAGGGGAAGGCCUGAGCCAGGUGGCCCCAUAAAGCCACUGACCACGAUCCCCAGGAAGCAGAGAAGGAGCCCAUAGCUCCUGUCGUUCCCUAGCCUGUUUGCUCACUCACUCACCCCCACACCCAUCAGUCACUGACUCCAGCCUUGUUGGGCCUUGUCUCAGGCCCAACCUGGUGGGGGCUAGACGAUGGCAAGGGGGCCCUCGUGGGACGGAGGGGUGUGCACUGCUGCCUGGAGCAGGGGCUGCCGGGUGACACUGACCGCUGGCCCACCCAGCAUGCCAGCUCUCAGGGGCACAAGCCUGGGGUAGACAGACUUGGGGACAUCAUCACGGAAUGAUGUCCAGUGGGUCGCCUGCCACCUGCCAUCAGCCUGAUAAAUGGACCGAUGGAUUCGAGCAGGGGCCUUUUUCUACCCCUACUGGCCCCUCGCCAGCUGUCUUUCUGACCACCUGUCUGUGUCCCCCUCUUGCUUCCUUGCUUCUCUGCCCAU